UAGCUAGCUGCCACUUACGUAUUACUCGAAAUGUUUAUAAAGGCUCGCCGAUCGGCCAUGCUGCUCCAAAAGUGUCUUCGCGCCUUCCACGAGUGAUCGUCCUCGUAAAGCAAAGCGACAACAAGAACAAAAAAGGAAACAACAAAAAAAUAUCGUGUUAAACAACAAAAUCAGCAUGAAGAUCUUGUACUGUUCGAUGCUGCUGUUCCUUCUGGGAAGCAGUUUCGUCGCUGCGGAAGGCAAGAUGAAAAGAGCGGCAGAUUCGAAUGAGAGCAGUAAUAAUUUGGCAGAUGCUAUCGGUAGCAUUGUAAACGUCGUUACAGACAUUCCUCUGAUCGGUCCACUGAUAGAAGAUUUGUUAAACGAAACAAGUAACCUGUUGACUGACUUUGAACUUAUAACGAAUGGAGCCUUGGGGCGGAUUCUGGGUGGCACCGUACCGUGCACUCUCAGCAUUGAAGAUGGAUUGGUUUGCUCGGGCGUGGAUGCGUCAAACGGCGGAGUUGGUAAAAUAAUAAUGGAGAUGAUUGACAGCAUACCCGGCCUCAUACUUCCUAGCUUCGUUAAGAAGCUGAUCGGACUCUUUAUAAACGCAGUGAUCGAUCCUACGUUUGACGUAACUUUCGGUGGCAUUUCCAUCGCUUAGCGUUUUGAACACGGUUCAUCAAAAUUUGUGGCCCGGUUCCUCUUGGGAGCUGGCUGUGGAUUUGAAAUAAAGGUUUUUUUUGCUCCUUUCAUUAA